AUGGAUGUUAAUGAAAAAAAAGAUGAGACAGAGGUCGUGAAGAAGAACAUGUCCGAAAAUGUCGAGAAAGAAGAGAUUGUUUCGAAAACGGAAGAUGCUAAAGUCGCCGCCGAAGCAAAUGGAGAUCACAUCAAACAUGCAAAAGACGGCGAAAAUGCAAAAACGGCGAAUGUAAGUUUACCAAUCUCCGACAAGGAAAAUGGCGUUGCAAAACACGACGAAAAUGCAAAAGACGACAAAAAUGCGAAAGAUGACGAAAAUGCAAAAACGACGAAUGUAAGUUUACCAAUCUCCGACAAGGAAAAUGGCGUCGAAAAUGCAAAACACGACGAAAAUGCGAAAACGACUAAUGUAAGUUUACCAAUCUCCAACAAGGAAAAUUCCGUCGAAAAUGGGAAGGAAAAUGUGAAGGAGAGUGAGAAAAUAGAUAAGUGUUUAUCUAAUGAAAAUGGAAAUGAAAUUGCGACAAAAAUCGAGAAGGGUGAGUCUUCUUCUUCUUCCUCACCAACCAAUGCAAAAGAUAGAGAUUUGUCCUUAAUCAGCGACGAAAAUGCGUUUGUCGCCGAUCUAAAAGAGUACGAGAAAAGGGCAUUAUUAGAUCUGAAAUCGAAACUCGAAGAAGCCAUUUUGACACACAAAUUAUUCAAAAAGGCGAAGAACAACGAAGAGAAGAUCGAAGAAGAAUCAUCCGACAAAAUUACCGAUGAAAACGAAAAACAAGAUAUCGUCGCCGACAAGGGGAAGGAUAAAAUGAUAGUGACGGAAAAAGAUGACAAAGCCGACGAAGAAGUAGAUAAAGACAUCGCUCUUUGGGGGGUCCCGCUAUUGCCGAGCAAGGGUGACUCGGCGACCGACAUUCUCCUAUUCAAGUUCUUGGUGGCGAGAGAUUUCAAGCCGAACGACGCCUUCGAGAUGUUAAGGAACACGCUCGAGUGGAGGAAGGAGAACAAGAUCGAUUCCAUCACGGAAGAAGAACUUUCCGAAAGCUUCUACGACACCGUCGGGUACAUGAAGGGGUUGGAUCGAGAAGGACACCCCGUUUGUUAUAAUGUUUACGGUGUUUUCGAUGACGAGGCGACGUACAAUAAGACGUUUGGAACGGAGGCGAGUCGGGAGAAGUUUCUUAGGUGGAGGCUCCAAUUGCUCGAGAAGGAGAUUCGAAAGCUCGAUUUUAGGCACGGUGGAGUAUCGAAGUUGCUCCAAAUUAAUGAUCUCAAGAACGCUCCGGGACCUUCUAGAAGGGAUCUUAGGCUCGCGACCAAACGAGCCGUCGGCAUUCUUCAGGACAAUUAUCCCGAAUUUGUUUCGAGAAACAUCUUCAUCAAUGUUCCGUUUUGGUACUACGCUUUCAACGCGAUUUUGUCGCCCUUUUUGACGCAAAGGACAAAGAGCAAAUUCGUGUUUAGUAGACCUUCUAGAGUCACCGAAACACUUCUCAAAUACAUUGCUGCAGAGGAAAUACCUAUUAUAUACGGAGGACUACAAAGAGAAAACGAUCCUGAUUUCUCGACACAAGACGCCGCUUCCGAGGUCAACGUUAAGGCCGGAACAACUGAAAACAUAGAAAUCCCUGCACCAGAGGUGGGAAAUAGUUUGAUGUGGGAUUUGACAAUAGUAGGGUGGGAUGUGAACUACAAGGAGGAAUUUGUGCCGACCGACGAAGGUUCGUAUACGGUGAUAGUGAAGAAGGGAAGGAAAAUAAGUUGGCAACACGAAUCUAUUCGUAACACAUUUGCGAAUAAAGAACCCGGAAAAGUUGUGAUCACCAUCGAGAAUAGUAUAUUCAAGAAGAAGCGUGUUUUUUAUAGAUACAAGAUCAAGAACAACCAUGCUUCUUCUUCUUGAAGUUCUUCGACGACGUGGCAUGUUACCGCAUGCGGAGUUUCCCGGCGUGGAGUGGGAUUUUCCGUCUAGAUACACUCGAUCGGG